AUGUCAGAUCCAGAAAAGUCCAUCCCGCCAGUCGUCAUCUCCCAAUACCCGAACAGUCCCUCCUCCUCUCCACAGACUCCUAUUCACAAGGAAUACUAUUCACCCACCACCGACCAGUCUCCCACAUCUUCUGUCUCUAGGUCUGAAAGUGACAAUGAUGAACGAGCCCUGACACUCACCAUUACCCAAGCUUCGCGACAGUCUGCCACGAGAACGGCGACAAGAAUAACCACUCAUGGCACCGAUCUCACACUAGAUCCAUCGUUCGAAGUGGACUUUGAGCCCGACGAUCCUGGAAAUCCUAGAAACUGGUCAAUAUGGUACAAAUCUUAUGCCAUCUUUACGAUAUCCUUUGCCACGUUGGGAGUGGUAAUGUACUCGACCUCAUACACGUCGGGCAUGGAUGCCAUGAUGAAGGAAUUCGGAAUCACGUCGGAACCGAUUGCCACGCUUGGUGUCACGACAUAUCUGUUCGGGCUGGCGGCGGGCUCCUUACUUCUCGCCCCGAUUGCUGAGACAUAUGGGCGAAAACCGGCCUAUACGAUAUGCAUGGCCGGCUUUACCAUCCUGAUCAUUCCAGCGGCGUUGGCUACUGACUUGCAAACCAUCAUUAUCGUGAGGUUCUUUGGGGCUCUUUUUGGAAGCGCCAUGAUUGCCAAUGCUCCUGGGUCCAUUGCCGACUUGGUCUCGGACGAGUUCCGCGCGACGGCUUUCUCUAUCUGGUCGAUUGGACCCAUGAACGGUCCCGUGGUUGGUCCGACGAUUGGAGGUUUCGUGACCGAAUAUCUCGGCUGGCGAUGGACCAAUUGGAUCGCCAUGAUCUGGGGAGGUUGCGCCUUUGUUUUCCUGCUGUUCUUGAAUGAGACAUAUGCACCAGUCCUGCUGCAGCGGCGAGGCAAGACAUUGCGACGGGUUCAUGACGAUGACAGGUACUGGACUCGGUACGACAUUCGGGUUGGGUUUGUCGAACUGAUGAAAAUUAAUCUCAAACGCCCGUUGUUACUCGCGGUCCAGGAGCCCAUCUGCAUAUUUUGGAAUGUUUAUAUCUCGAUCGUCUAUGGCAUUCUCUAUCUGUGCUUCGUCGCCUACCCUAUCGUCUUUACCGAAUUGCGUGGCUGGUCUACUGGCAUGAGCGGCCUCUCCUUCCUGGGAAUUGGUAUUGGGACACUGUUGGUAAUCUCAAGCGCCACCCCAAUCCGGAAGCUCAUCAAUUCGCACAAACGGGACAAAGACGGAAACGUGCCACCCGAGGCAAUGAUGAGCAUCGUCUGCAUCGCGGCCGUGCUGGUCCCCAUCGGCGAAUUGUGGUUCGCCUGGUCCUGUUACCCAACCAAGAUCCACUGGGCUAUCUCGAUUGCCGCCGGGAUCCCAUUCGGAUACGGCAAUGGCGCCGUGUUCAUCUACGCUGGGAACUACCUGGCCUACAGCUACGGAAUUUACGCCGCGAGCGCCAUGGCAGGCAAUGCCGUGAUGAGAUCUCUGCUGGGAGGAACACUGCCUCUGGCCGGACCGGCCAUGUAUCGUGCCCUCGGACCCAACUGGGCGGGGACCUUGCUGGGCCUCCUCGAGGUCAUCAUCAUCCCGAUACCGUUCCUCUUCUACCGGUACGGCGGCCGCAUUCGCGAAAAAUCCACCCUGAUCCGCCAGAUGCGACAGGACGAAGAACGACAGGAGCGCAAGCGGAGAAAGGCCGAGGAGAGACUACGCAUCGCGGUCAUGAGCGGCGACGAGGAGGAGAAGGUCGAGGCCCGCAACGAGCUGGUCCGGGUCAGGAGUCGGCUGGACGACGAGAAGAAUCUCGAAGUCGCCGGCCAGGAGACGCUGAAUUGCAUCCAGGGGCUAGGGCCUGGAAAGGAGACGGUUUAA